CUAUUUCAAUGGAAACAGCUGGAAAAUCUCUAUUUCCGUGAAAAGAAAUUUGCUGUGGAAGUACAUGAUCCCCGCAGAAUUUCAGUGUCAAGAAGGACCUUUGGUCAGAGUGGACUGGUAGUGCAAACCUGGUAUGCAAACACUUCCCUGAUCAAAUCCAUCUGGGUGAUGGCAAUCAGUCAACACCAGUUUUACUUGGACAGAAAACAAAGCAAAGCAAAAAUUCCUUCAGCCAGAAGUUUGGAUGAUAUCGCCAUGGAUCUGACAGAGAUGGGGACACCAAAAGUUUCAAAGCUAGUGACUUUGGAGGCAAAGAACCAGCUUAUUAUGGCUAGCAAUGGCAGUUUGAUCUCAUCAGGGUCUCAGGAUUCAGAGGUCAGUGAAGAACAAAAGAAGGAGAAAAUCAUGGAACUAAAGAAGAAAGAGAAAGUCCUUCAAGAAAAGCUGCUUCAGAAAGUUGAGGAGCUGAAGAAAAUCUGCCUGCGAGAGGCGGAGCUGACAGGCAAGAUGCCCAAGGAGUAUCCUCUGAGCGCUGGAGAGGAACCUCCCCAGGUCAGAAGACGUGUUGGCACAGCAUUCAAGCUGGAUGACAAUCUGCUUCCGAGUGAAGAGGAUCCCACUUUGCAGGACUUGGAGAGCAAUUUUAUCAUACAGCAAAAGCUGGUGGAAGCUGCAAAGAAACUUGCCAGUGAGCCAGACCUCUGCAAAAACGUAAAGAAGAAAAGAAAGCAAGAGUAUGCUGAUGCUGUAAAAAAGCUGCAAGAGAUAGAAAAUUCCAUAAAUGAAUAUAGAAUCAAGUGUGGCAAAAAACCAACCCAGAAAUCAACUCUUACUCUACCAGAUGAUAUAAUUCCGUCUGAGAGCAGCUCUUUGUCUGACACAACAACUUAUGAUGAUGUCGGUGAAUCGCUUCCUGUGCCAGCACAGAGACCCAGCUCCGCGCAGCUUUCUCCGAGGCUUCCUCCACCAAAGUCCCUUGGGGUGGAGAGAAUUCAUCUCAGAAAGUCAUCCAUAAACGAGCAGCUCUUGGAAACCAGACACUCCAGGGACCCGCUUUCGACUCACAGCAGUCCUUACCGAACCCUGGACCGGCCGCCCCAGCCCCAUGGUGGGAGAAGCAUGCCUACAACCCCUGUGCUCACACGCAACGCCUACAGUAGCAGCCACUUACAGCCAGAUGUUUCCCCGCACCAUCGCCGGCAGCGCAGUGGAAGUCUGGAAUCCCAAACCCACCUGCUGUCCGAGACUCCUGAUGAAAAGGCAGCCUUCGGCCUCUCAAAGUCCCAGCGAAGCAGCAGCACAGAGAUCCUUGAUGAUGGAUCAUCUUACACUAGCCAGUCAAGUGCGGAAUAUUACUGUGUGACACCUACUCCAAAUCCAUAUUAUACUACUCAGACGCUUGACAAUAGGACCAGGGGUCGAAGACGGUCAAAGAAGCAAAACAUUUCUGCCGCAAAUUCAGGAAGUAUGCCAAAUCUUGCCCAGAAGGAUGUCCGCAAUGGUGUCUACCACAAAAGUCAAGAGCAGCCUUCUUCCUCUAGUUACUAUAUUUCUGGAUAUUCCCCGUACACCGAAUCUGACACUUAUUACAAUGGAGGAUAUGUUUACGAGAGUGAUACGGAGGGACAGUACAGCGUCAAUCCUUCCUAUCGAUCAUCGGCACAUUACGGAUACGACCGUUACAGGGAAUUCAGGUCUUACCAUGAGGAUGAAGUGGACAGAGUACCGCACAACCCAUAUGCAACCCUAAGGCUUCCAAGAAAGCAAGUUGCUAAAACGGAGCAUAUAACCAAAAACAUUCACAAGGCCUUAGUAGCAGAGCAUCUCCGUGGUUGGUACCAACGUGCCUCCAGUCAAAAGGAACAGGGUCAUAGCCUGCAGGCAGGCUUUGAGUCUGACAGAGGAUCUCAAAGGAGUUUGGGCUUUGCUGGUCUGCAGGUGCCGUGUUCUCCUAGCAGUCGGGUGUCGUCUUUCUCUUUGGCAUCUUCUGCAAACACUGCUGGGAACUGGCGAAACCCACUUGCACUGGGACUUUCAGACUAUGAUACGUUGUCUCAUUCCUCUUAUGCCAGCUGUUACGGGAAUGUUUAUGGCAACCUUCCUUUGCAGAGCAGAGCGUAUGCAGAGACGAGCCAGCUGGGCGGCGAUGGUGGGAGCCGGUUGGAAGAAGACUUGCACAGCAAUGAGCAGCGGUUAUUGUGGCAUGAGGAUUCAAAGCCCGGGACGCUGGUGUAGAUCGCCUGCAGCCCCGCAUUCGUACCCUUGCGUGCCUUGCACAAAAUGCUGUGAC